CGCCAGCACAAUGAACCGGCGGAUUUACGCAAAGAUGGACGUACACAAUCUAAGUUUAACAGUGCUGAGCGCAAUUUUCUUCCUGUUGCUGGUCCCGCUGUCUUGUGUGGCCCAGAAGGGGAAAGCAAUUAGCCUCACUGACGAUAACUGGAACCAGGUUCUCGAAGGAGAAUGGAUGAUUAAAUUUAUGGCACCAUGGUGCCCAGCAUGUCAGAGCUUCAAAGACAUUUGGGAGAAUUACACCAGCUGGGCUGAAGAUCUGAAUAUCCAUGUUGCUAUUGUUGAUGUAACACAGAACCCAGGAUUAAGCGGAAGAUUCCUGGUCACGUCUUUGCCAACCAUUUUCCAUGUGAAGGAUGGUGUUUUCCGCUAUUACCAGGGCCCUCGGAUCCUUGGAGACCUGAUCAGCUUCAUCGAAGACAAUUGUUUUAAAGCUUUUUCCUAUCCGAAUCUUUCCCACAGGAUGUCAAGCCUCAGUUUAUUCUUCAAGGCAGCCAUGUUCAUUCGGUCACUGUACUCAACGAUGACAGAAGUGUACGGAAUCCCCGAAUGGGGCUGUUAUGUGAUCUUUGCCCUGGCUACAUUACUGGUUGGUUUCAUCGCUGGUAUGCUUAUUGUUUGUUGUGUGGAUUUGUUGUUUCCCGUUUCUGUCCAGUCCCUAUCAAAACCCGCUCCGCAUCCUUCACAUGUCGCCCGGCAGAAAGAAGACCGAGAAGAUCGGGAGAAGGAUGAUGAAUCCGACAUUGUUGAUGACACGGCGGGAAGCAAGGAAACGCUACGGCAACGAAACCCACAGCAGCAGCAGCAGCAACCCACUCAGGACGAGUGAUAAAACAAAAAACAAAAAUAGAAAACAAAGGUCUUCUUCAUCCCUCUGCAGCCAACCACGACCACCACCAAUAACAACCAACCACUAGCACCAGCACUACCGCUACCAACCACAAACCACAAGAACACUACCGCCACUUCCACCACGACCACCACCACCACGUUCCUCACACUUCCUGAAGAUUCCUGUUGUUGUUGUUGCUGCUGCUGUUGUCCAUGUUGUUUUGGUGGAGAAGACGAAAGGAGAUGCUGGAUGGGGGAAGAAACCGAUCAUGUGUUUAUCUCCUGAGUAAAGUGAUUUGCGUUA